AUGGCUGCUCCUUCCAAGUACGAUAACUACGAAUUCCCGACCACGGCGCCGGAGGCUCAGUCUGGCCAUCCCGGCCACACCACCCCAGAGCAAGAUGCGAAGGUGGAACAGCUGCGGAGCGAACUGGAGCAGCUUGGCUACACCGAGAGACUGGACACUUUGACUCUGCUGCGCUUCUUGAGAGCCCGCAAGUUUGAUGUCGCCCUUGCCAAAGCUAUGUUCAUUGACAGCGAGAAGUGGCGGAAAGAGUUCGGGACCGAUGACCUGGUCCGCACUUUUGACUACACCGAGAAGCCUAAGGUCUUCGAGUAUUACCCUCAGUACUAUCACAAGACGGAUAAGGAUGGCCGGCCCGUUUACAUCGAAAAGCUUGGCAAGAUCGAUCUCACUGCCUUGAACAAGAUCACCACCGAAGACCGUAUGCUUCAGAACCUCGUGACUGAGUAUGAGAAGCUCGCCGAUCCCCGCCUGCCCGCCUGCUCGCGCAAGGCCGGCAAGCUCCUGGAGACCUGCUGCACUAUCAUGGACCUCAAGGGCGUCGGAAUCACCAGCGCCCCAUCCGUGUACGGCUACCUCAGCAAGGCGUCUGGUGUCUCCCAGAACUACUACCCCGAGCGUCUGGGUAAGCUCUAUCUGAUCAACGCUCCUUGGGGAUUCAGCGGCGUGUUCAGCUUCGUGAAGAAGUUCCUCGACCCCGUUACCGUCAACAAGAUCCACAUUCUGGGCAGCAACUACAAGAAGGAGCUGUUGGAACAGGUUCCUGCCGAGAAUCUCCCCGAAGAGUUCGGAGGUUCUUGCAAGUGCAGCGGCGGCUGCGAGUUCAGUGAUAUGGGACCUUGGCAGGAGCCUGAGUGGGCCAGGCCCCCCAAGUGGGCUGCCCCCAAGGAGGAACAGGCUGUGGCCAAGACCGAGGAGCCGGUUGCUGAGGUUCCCCAGCCUAGCGCAUAG